CAGUUUUCUUGUCUUAUUUUAAUGCAUUCUGUCUCUUUUAGUAGAAACUGCACCAUGUCUUAGCAGCCUUAUGUUCACUAUACUCACUAACUCAAGCACUCUUAAAACCAACAUUCUGGCCGAAAUUACUAUAUCGUUCAAAUUCUACGAAAACACAUAUGAUGCUUGUCGUAUGUGCUGUUGCCAUCAAUUGAUUGAAUUGUAUAGUAUUUUGUUGGGUUUUCGUGCUCUUUUUGUUACAUAUUUUAAUCUAACACACAACUGCGACUAAUUCGUUAUCGUCGCAGCCUUGUUGCUAAAUAUACUGUAUCUAGACAUUUCAUGGAACGAGAGUCUUCAAUUACACAAGGACAUUUCAGACAUCGACGAAAGCGCAGUGCUAGAAAUUCAAGAUUGAGUGGAUCAUUAAUAAGAAAUGCAUACUCACAUUCUCCGUUUCAAGUUACGCAAUCCUUGCUCCGCCUACGAGAUAACUCGUACUCCAAGAACUUUUGGAUGAAGGAUUCGAGUGCCCUAUCUUGCUUCCUGUGCGAGGCGGAAUUCACAGCGAUCCGAAGACGGCAUCAUUGUCGUAUUUGUGGAAAAAUCUUUUGUUCAAAAUGCACGAUUCAAGUGUCUGGCAAAUUGCUUAAUACGACAAAGUCUAUCCGUGCAUGUAUCACCUGUGCUCGACUGGCCGAACAGAAUCUGGAAAUUUAUUCUCAGGUUAAUACAGCUCCUACUACAGCUUCUAAUCAAAAACCUUUGAAGAAUGACCAGAAUACAAGUGCGGCUUUAGCACAAAAGGUCUCAUCGAGUGAUAAUGCUAGCUCAUUUGAGAUGCCAGUGGAUGCACGGCCCCCAGAUAUAGCACCUAUGCUUGCCAUUCCAUCCACGAAGAUAUCUGAUCCUUCCUUUGGAUGGUCUCAUCAAAUUAUUACAGUUGGCUGGGGUAAAAACGCCUCAGACACCAAUCUACCAUCAAGAAUACAUUCUCCAUCUCCUGCGCGUAACAGUUCUAAUUCUUUAGGUUCCGGCCAUUCUUUAUACAACGCAACUUCCUCUGGCCUGUACAGCUCAAUUAAUCCGCUAGAAUCUCCUAAACGCGAGUCUUCAAAGCUUGCAAACUCUACUGAAGAACAUCCUGCCCUUACGGAGUUCAAUCUGAAAAGCUUGUCAGCGUCUCAGUAUUUUGGUCUGUACGGCAAGGAUGGAAUGAACAGUUCACUUUCUGAUUCCUCAAGUAUCAGCGACUCCAGUCAAUCCAAUCCUGGCUGCUCUUCCGCUGACCUGAAUCCUGGAGGAUCGGCCACUACCAAUAAUAGUAACCUUGCCUCCAACUUUACCUUGGACACCUUUAACAACCAGUUCAGUAAAAUUAAAAAGGUUUUUAAUAACUGCAAAGCCUGGUUCCAGGGCGUUCCGCCGGAGCCUUCUACUGACGAUGCGGUCCCAGCUGAUGAAAGCAACGAAUCGUCACCGGUUCAAGAACCGACAUCUGCUCGAAGUGUUUCAUGGGUUACUCCAUGGGCAGCAAUCUCGCAUGAUUAUGAGACGUUUAUUGCUCCCUUUCUCGAUGCUUUGCUUUUGCAAUUGCUUACUGGCUUUAAUUAUGAAGAGCAGCUGCAAUGGCAAAAGACUUUGAGUCCUAUUAUUCUCAACGUCGCAAAAAACAUUCAUCCUGAUAUUCGGUUUGGUGAUGAUAUUGAUGUUCGUAAUUACGUUAAAAUUAAGCGUAUACCAGGGGGUUCUAUACCUGAUACUUCUUAUAUUUCAGGUUACGUUUUCACCAAAAAGUCAACUUUAAAGAUGACAGAACAUUGCCUCUGUAACCCCAAAAUAGCUAUCAUAGCUUUCAGUUUGGACUAUCAAUGCGAUGAACAGCGAUUAAUGUCUUUGGAUUCUAUUAUAAACCAGGAGCAGGAGUACCUGCUGAAUUUGGUAAACCGUAUUUGCACACUUGGCGCAAACUUGCUUUUCAUCAGAGACUUAAUUCCGGGUUUAGCUUUGGACUAUCUGAAGGAGAGAGGGGUUGUCGCUGUUCAUGGCAUUAAAGAUUCUGUACUGUUUGAACUCUCUCGUCGUUGCGGUGCCGAUAUUAUUCCAUCUAUCGACAGACUUGCUUUUCAACCACGUUUGGGUUCUUGCAAAACAUUUGAAAUUAAGAGCUUUGUGGUGGAUCCUCAUUCAAAGACAAGAAAGUCGUACAUAAUUGUCGAUGGUUGUUUGGAACAGCUAGGAUGUUCUGUUAUCUUGAGGGGAGGAAAUUUAAAAGUGCUAUCCCGUAUCAAAGAAAUUGUACAAUUACUGUCAAUGGUUUCGUCUCAUCUGAAACUCGAGAUUUUCAUGUUAAGAGAUAGCUUUGUUCAAUUACAGCAGGAUAUGUAUAGCUAUCUUGCUGAUGCUACAAUCUUCAAACCUCCUGACGUGAAAUCGUCAUCUUCAGAAGCUUUUGGCCCCGCUAGUACAGCUGGAAAAAGUGAAGAAGGCACUGACAUUGAAACAGGUGAACAACAGAGCAUGUCUGUUUCCCGAGUUUCUAGCUCGGAGAGUCUCUCGAGCAGCGACUCCUCAAUUCAAUUUUUUAAUGACACACAAAUAAUAACGAACUCUUUCUGCUUGGAAGAUAUCCCUUCACCGAUCGUCCUAGAAGACGUGAAUGAUUAUGACCUUUUACUCAAUAAGCUAUCUAAACAGCUCGUAUGCACAUCCCCAUUUGUUAAACAACCUUUACCGAAUCUUUUAUAUCGCGUUUCCGGCGCCAGGCUCACUUUCAUCCGAUUACUACAAGAAUUUAAGUUGAAAUUACCAAAUUCAGUUAAAUUGUCAAGAGCGCUUGAUUACACCAACCCGAAACUCAAUAACAUUGAGUUGUUGCAACUAGCAUAUCGUGUCACCAAGGCUAAGGAAGACUACGAAGUCUAUGCCAAGCAUUGGGAAACGUAUUUUACCAGCACUUAUACUCUCUACUCUCCUUUUUCUGACCAGCGAAUAAUUUUGUUGUUCUCCAUAAUGAACAAGAAAACAUCAGUGCCUUGUGUUGGCCCUGAACGGUGUUUAAUUGAAUUCUACCGUGAGACAGAUUGCACUCUUGGUCAAUUCAUAGAAGAGUCAUGUCUUAACGCAAAAAGCAAUUGUGAUGGCGACUAUUGUACUGAACAAGAAAUGCUCAACCAUUACAGGAGUUAUGUCCAUGGAAAUGGACGGAUUAGUAUUUUUCUAGAAUACUUUUUGUGUCCCUUACCUGGACUGGAAGAAAGAAUUUUAAUGUGGAGUUAUUGUCGUAUUUGCCAGAGAAAUACACCUAUUACUUUAAUGUCUGAUGGGACAUGGCGGUAUAGUUUUGGAAAGUAUUUACAGUUUAUUUUCUACAAUCGUUCUCUCACCGGUAAGUCAGAUCUCUGUUCUCACAGUUUAAUGCGCGAUCAUGUCCAUUACUUUGGCUUUAAGAACUUUACAGUGCGUUUCCAAAGAGAUAACAUUGAUGUUUAUGAGUUGUGUUUUCCCAAACCUCGUAUUCUGGCCAAACCAAAAAUUGAAAACAACUUGAAGGAAGCCGAAUAUAAAAAUAUACGAACCCAGAUAACUCAAUGUCUGCAAAGUGUUCUUCUUCGGAUUAAUCACUACAAGCUGGAGUGGACGAACAAAGCUGGAAAGGUCGACGAAGGGAAGGAAUUGAUUGCAAAGCUGAGUGAGCAGUUGGAAAACGACAAAAGAGAAGUUGAAGCUGAACUUAACAAUAUCUAUAAACGUUCUGGUUUAAUGGAGCAAUUGCCACUAAAUGCUGCUAUAAGGUUAUUGCAGCGAAAGAUGUUACAGUGGGAAACACAAUUAAUGGAGUUUGAAAAGCAACACGUCCCUUCAUAUAAGGACAUAAGCCGACUUGCAGCAUCUCAACUCAAGAAAUUGUUUACUGAGAAAAAUUUGACUCAGGAUCCUACUGAGCCUGUUGAUAUACCAACUGAUACUACUGCAAGUGAUGUUGAAAAGCCCAAGAAAACGCCUACUGAGAGCGACGUUAACAGUGAAACGCCUCCAGAGAUUGUUAUACCGCGCGCUGUUAAACCACCUGUACUACGUUCUGUUAGUGCUUAUAAACCGGUUACUGAAACUCCUCCAAGCUUGUCGCGCUCCUUGUCUUUGUCACGUACCUCAACAAAUGAACGCGAUCACCGGUCGCCUGAGGGGGAUGUAAAUGUUAUUACUCAAAAACGACCUUGUCCGAAAAUUCGAAAACAGCAACCCGGUCCUUCUCCGGCCGCUUCAGUAGAUACAAAUUCGAAUUCACCGAAAUUGGUCAUGGCAGAAUCACAACCAUCUUCAGCAAAACGGCCCAGCAUAAAACGGAAUUAUCGUCUGAAAGAAUCAAGAGUUAGUGCUCUUGUCAAACGUUUUGAGGAGUUCAGUAAGGAAUUACAUCAAGAGAAGAAGAAGGAAUUUGACUUGAUUAAUGCUCGUCGCAAGAGAGCCUCUGCCGUGGUUCCUUCAAAACCAACAGUUGAAGUUUUCAGUAGUGUUACCGAUGCUUUUCGUGAUGAUAAUUCCGAGGUUGAAGUGAAUGAUGAUAGCGAACAACCUAGUGAACAGAAUAGCGAGCCUACCAAAAAGGAUCCGGAGCCGAGUAUCAACGAAGCUUCUCCAAGUCAUGAUAUCCUUGAUUUAAUAUCAGCAAGCGAUCCACUGGAAGAUAUAUUUGGCUUCCUUUUUAAGGAUGACUCUUAUACACAACAUAGUGCGCCUUCAAUUGGGAGCUUUGAAUCUCAAGAAUCAGGUCACUUAUCAAUACCGUCUUCUUCGUUGCUUGCUGAUAAUAAUUCUUUGGUCAAAAUCAUAAGCUCUUUUUGGAGUGAAUGGAACAACCUUAAUUUCCCUGAUCUGGAAUUUCCAUUAACAGCUUCUGAACAUAUAUUUUCGGACUCUACUGUCAUUAUUCGGGAAAGGGAGCCGAGUUCAAUUAUCGCUUUUACGUUAAGUUCAUCUGAUUACCUUGAAAAAUUAUCUUCAAUAAAGGCAAAACUCAAGACGGAAGUUAACGAUGAGAACUAUAUGGUUUCUGAUAUGAUGACUCUAGAAACUCUGAUGCUUAAAUCUACAGGAACACAUUUAAAAUAUCAAUUUGAAGAGGGAUCAGCGAAGAUGUCAUGCAAGGUUUAUUUUGCAGAACAGUUUGACGCAAUACGGGAGGUUUGCAAAUGCGCUUCCACGUAUAUAGAGUCGCUUUCUCGUUGUUCAUCUUGGGAAUCAAGUGGUGGUAAAUCUGGUUCUGCUUUCCUAAAAACUGCUGAUGAUCGCUUCGUUUUAAAGCAGCUUUCAAGGAUGGAAAGUGACGCCUUCUUGACUUUUGCUCCAGCAUACUUUGAGUAUAUGUCGAAGGCCUUUUUCCAUGAACUGCCAACUGUACUAGCUAAAAUUUUUGGUUUUUACCAAAUCGAAACGCGGAACCAAAUUACGGGUUAUAUAUGUAAGUUGGAUAUUAUGAUUAUGGAGAAUCUUUUCUUUGAUAGGGUCCCUACUAGAAUCUUUGAUUUAAAAGGUUCAAUGCGUAAUCGUCAUGUUCAAUCUACAGGAAAGGUAAACGAAGUACUCCUCGAUGAAAACCUUGUGGAGUUUAUAUACGAGUCACCUCUAUUUAUUGCGGAGCAAAUGAAAAGCCUGCUACAGGCUGCCCUUUGGAAUGAUACUUUAUUUCUGUCAAAAAUGAACAUCAUGGAUUAUUCUCUUGUCAUUGGAAUCGAUGAAACAAAACGUAGACUGUACGUCGGUAUCAUUGACUUUAUCCGCACUUACACUUGGGACAAGAAGCUCGAAAGUUGGGUCAAAGAAAAGGGACUUGUCGGUCGUGCUCUGGAACCAACUAUUGUAACGCCUAAGCAAUACAAAAACCGGUUUAGAAAGGCUAUGGAUUGCUACAUUUUAGCUACAGAAGACUACAAUUUGAACUGGGUUGUAGAUUAAACUUAAUGAGUACAUAAUUUCAGUUUUAAUGAGUAAUACAUUGCAUGUGAAAGAUUAAGUUCAUAGAACGUAAAUGGGUGUUCAAAAGUUUUUUAU